AGGCAACAAGAUGUCAAAUUCGGACUUCGGGGAUGCCUUAUCCCCUGAAGCCGUUUCGGCCACCUCCCUAUCGUCAUCCGAGGAUGUGCCGUCUACUCGUCGACCGUUCUCAGGGCAACUGCAACAUCACGAACAUGAAGGAAAUGUCGCCAGCCAUGCUGUCGUUCGCGAACUCUUGUCACCAGUGUUGGGUAGUUCGGGGGGAACCUCAUCAGGAGGAAGCUCUUCAUCGAGUAGCGACGUGCGGGAGCAGUCAUCGGCAUUCUGGAGGCCUUCGCCAGGCAUUGGAGGAAGUAGCGGAGUAAUCGAGCAAGAAUCAUCGGCACGAAUACUGAUGUCGGGCGAGCGACUCUGCUCCCUCCUUUUUCUUUCUGGCCUGUGCCGAACUUACCCCGAAUGCGUGCAGGCCAUACGACUACUCCUUCGAGACAGGUGAGCAGAGAAGUUUAUAACGUCAAUCACUGGCAAAAUUUGUUUAUUGCACUGUUGGAACUCGUCACAGUCUGACUAUCCAAAAAUUACCUCCUACGUAGAUUACAGCGCCUGUUUUGUUUCUUCAAUUCUCACUCUUGAUAAUGGAAAAAGGUUCCUCAUCGAUGCGGAGUCAACGGUAGGCUCGAUGCGACAGCCUUUUGGCAGGAGAGGUCCUGUGAGCCAGCUGCCGGAGAACCAGGAACGGCGGGAUUUCGUCCGGCAAUUGAUUCGAAACGAUUACAACGCCUGUUUUGCGGGCGAGGAGUCUACAGCAGUGCCCUCAGCGAGUGACGAUGAAGAUGAGGGAUUUUUCGUGACUUCGCUUCAUCUCGGAGGACAGG